AGCCUGGACGCGGUGACGACGGAGCGCGACAGGCUGCAGGAGCGCCUGGCCACCACGACUGAUACGUUGAGUAGGCAGCUGCGUGAGGUGGAGGAGGCGAAGACGCAGGUGGAGCACAGCCUGGAGGCGGUGACGACGGAGCGCGACGGGCUGCAGGAGCGCCUGGCCACCACGACUGAUACGUUGAGCAGGCAGCUGCGUGAGGUGGAGGAGGCGAAGACGCAGGUGGAGCACAGCCUGGACGCGGUGACGAUGGAGCGCGAUGCGGGGUUGGAAAGCUUCACGCUGUUGGUGAAGGAUCAUGAGAGCGUUGUUGCAGCAUGUGAUAAGUUGCGUGAGGAUUUGUCUGUUGCCGGGUGUUGUAAUGGGGAUGAGGUAGCGAAGUUGAAAAGUGAGAAUGCAAGGUUGUCUGAUGAUUUGUCCAAGGCUUUGUUCAUGUUGGAUGCGGCUAACGUGCGGCUUAAUUAUUUGAGGUCAGUGCAUGUGUCGGAUCCUCUGUCUAAGUCGAUCGAGGGUGGUGAGGACUAUCAGGUAACUCGUUCUGUGCUUGAAAUGUGGAAAUAA